CACCCCCAAAGCCCCACCUCCAUGUGGCCAGCUGCAAGAGACCUGGCUGGCGGCAGGGUCCCGGGAUGCUCAGACAUGGGCACACCCUGGCACAGCGGGCAGGCUGCCCCUGCCAGGCUCUGCCUCUUCCUUUCACCCGGCUUUGUACGGCGUCCCUAAGGGUGCUCCGCCCGAAAGCUCGGUGGGAAGAGGAGAAACAGGACGAUGGUGUCAAAUGGCAUCAGCUGCAUCAUAAAGGGCCCUACUUUGCGCCGCCUUAUGAGCCUCUGCCAAGCUCUGUCAAGUUCUUCUACAACGGCAGGCCCAUGAAGCUCAGCCGGGCUGCCGAGGAAGUGGCGACGUUUUUUGCCAAGAUGCUGGACCAUGAGUACGCGGGGAAGAAGAUUUUCCGGGACAACUUUUUCUGCGACUGGGUGGAGGAGAUGACUCCAGAGGAAAGGAAGAAAAUCAAAGACCUGAGGAAGUGUGACUUCAGCGAGAUCCAUAAGUAUUUUCUGGAGAAGCAUGAGGCCCAGAAGGCUUUGCCCAAGGCGGAGAAACAGAAGUUGAAAGAGGAGGCAGAAAAAACCCAAGAGGAAUAUGGUUACUGCAUAAUCGAUGGCCACCGGGAGAAGAUCGGGAACUUCAAGACUGAGCCACCAGGUCUGUUCCGGGGCCGGGGGGAUCACCCCAAAAUGGGAAUGCUGAAGAAGAGGAUAAUGCCAGAAGAUGUCAUCAUAAAUUGUAGCAAAGGUUCAAAGGUCCCCCAGCCCCCGCCAGGCCACAAGUGGAAGGAAGUCAGGUGUGACAACACAGUCACUUGGUUGGCAUCGUGGACAGAGAACAUCCAGGGCUCCAUCAAAUAUAUCAUGCUGAACCCCAGUUCCAAGCUGAAGGGGGAGAAAGACUGGCAAAAGUACGAAGUGGCUCGCCGGUUGAAAAAGGUGGUUCAGCGGAUCCGUUGUCAGUACCGGGCAGACUGGAGAUCCAAAGAGAUGAAGAAGCGGCAGAUCUCUGUAGCUCUCUAUUUCAUUGAUAAGCUGGCCCUGAGGGCGGGCAACGAAAAGGAGGAAGGGGAGACGGCCGACACGGUGGGCUGCUGCUCUUUGCGAGUGGAGCACAUCGCUCUGCACCCGAGGCAGAACGGCCAGGAGAACGUGGUGGAAUUCGACUUCCUGGGCAAGGACUGCAUCCGCUACUAUAACAAAGUGCCCGUGGAGAAGCAGGUGUUCAAGAACUUGCAGUUAUUCAUGGAGAAUAAGGAACCUGGAGACAACCUGUUUGAUAGGCUCUCUACGGCAACACUGAACAGACAUCUCCAGGACCUGAUGGAUGGGUUGACAGCAAAGGUCUUCCGAACUUACAAUGCGUCCAUCACGCUACAGGAACAGCUUGAAGCACUGACCAAUGAGGACGACACGCUGGCUGCCAAGCUCCUCUCCUACAAUCGAGCCAACCGAGCAGUGGCCAUUUUGUGCAACCAUCAGCGGGCAACUCCAAAGACCUACGAGAAGUCCAUGCAAAAUCUCCAGGCAAAGAUGGAUGCCAAAAAGGGUCAGCUGGCUGAUGCAAAAGCGGAGCUGAGAAAGGCAAAGGCGGAACACAAAUGCAAGAAGGAGGCAAAAUCAAAAGCUGCCCUGGAAAAGAAAAAGAAACUGGUGCAGAAGAUUGAAGAACAGCUGUCAAAGCUGAAAUUGCAAGCCACCGACAAGGAGGAAAACAAGCAGAUCGCGCUGGGCACCUCCAAGCUGAAUUACCUGGACCCCCGCAUCACCGUGGCCUGGUGCAAACGGUUUGAUGUGCCCAUUGAGAAGAUUUACAACAAAACCCAGAGAGAGAAGUUUGCGUGGGCAAUCGCGAUGGCCAAUGAAGACUUCGUAUUCUGAAGGGACCUAGGCCACUCCUGGCUUGUUCAGGGUCGCUCGUUGGCAUUUUUUGUGCCUUUGGGGAAGCGGGGGUGGGGGGGGCUUUUUUGCACACGAAAUACAUCUAAAGGAGAAUGGGGAGCCCGUUGUUUCUUCUUUUGUGUAAAAGGGGAGGCCGCCCUGUUUUGUUCGUUUAUUGAUUUGCGGUAUUGAUUUCUCCACCCCAGUCUGGGAGGAGGCUAGGCGGCUCACAAGAAGAACUGUUCUGGGACAGGAUCGGGCAGGGUUCUCCUGGCCUGCUCUUCCAGGUUUCUCAGGGACGGUCGUAGAGGUGACAGAUUCGUUAAGACGUCCUGCUGUCUUGAGAAACUGUCCGGCUUCUCUCCCAAAGACUCUUGGGAAAAGCCACUUCUGAACUGGGGGUGGUGUUGGAUAAAGUUCUGUUGUGAAACUCCACUUCUUGAGUUCUUUGAGGGUAGGCUGUGCAGUUCAAGCCAGCUCUCUCUCCUGGUGCCUUUGAGAUGUGUUUGACUACCGGUCUCAAAGCCAUAGUAGCUAAGGAUCCUUGGAGCAGUCCAUUAUAGCUAGAGGAUCUUGAGUUCAGGGAAAGAUGAAUCACGAUCAUUCUGUUUCUCGGCCCAUUCAAGGUUGUUUUCUAAUAGUUUGAGGAGAUAGGUGGAAUCCAGGAAGAAAAGGGACUUUUAUAUAACAUUUUGUGCGUUUUUUAACCAUUUGUGGCAUCCCCAUUGCUUUGUGGUGGUCCUGGCUACCUUAUUUCCUCACCCUUUAGUGGGAAAUCUCAAACAUUAGCUAGAACCAGUUGAGUUGCCUUCCUUGGAGGAAGAUCCCUUUGUCUGAAAUUAGAUUGUGGUCAAGACUUCAUCAGAGAUGCCUUCACAAAUUUGCACCACAAGAAAUGGGCACCUCAGAAAGUUCCUAGGCACAGUUUUGGCAUAUGCACCAAUGAGAAGUGAAAUUUGCCAUGGAAUAUUUUUUGUAGUAAUUGUGCAAAAGAUAUCCCAGCCAGGAAAGUGAGUCCUUCAGAAAUUUCUCUCUGUAUUAACACCCACAGCUUGUAGCCAGUGUAUGGUAGCUUGGUUUAGUAAACAGUGCAGCAAAUACCCAAGUCUAGCUGAGAGCUAGUCUUAAAACCAAGGAGGGACACAUGGUCUAGGCUGCAAACAUCUGGAGUGAAAAAUUCUGGAGUGUUGUCUGGAGCCAUUGGUAGGUGGAAGAACACAGAUUUCUUGCAGAAUUAAUACUCUGGAUCAUCACUUCUAAUGAGUGCAGGUUGCUAAUAGUCCUGCAGAAAUGGUGGUGGUGGUAAUAGUAGUAUUAAAAAUGCUUGUUUUAUUCAUUCUAGGCAUACCCUAUUUCAGUUCCACUUCCUUAAACAGUUCAUUUGAAAUUGGUGCCACCGCUGAUUACAAGUAUUCUAAUAAUUUUCUGGAGUCACAUUCAGGUUUAUUGGGUGAUUUUUUGUGAUCAAGGUCAUUGGCAAGUGCUUCAUUAAAAUGUUAAUAUUUGUUUUGUAAGAGUUUCUGAUUAAGGGCUGAUAAUGAAAAUAGAAUUCAAUCCAGAAUCUCAAUUUGCUUACCGGGUAAGGGAUAGGGAAAAAAAAAAAGAAUCCAACUUUUUCCAGCUUGAUGGCCUUCCAAGCCGGCACGGGAGUCAGUGCUGUUGGUUGGGGAUGAUAGGAACUUGUAUCCAACACAGAAAAGGGGGUGUCACUUUGGGAAUGGUGACAUAUUUCAGAGUUGAAGUGCCUGCCUUUUUGGGGUUUUUCUUUUAAGUGGCUGAAUGCAGCAGAGUCCAGGAAAGGAAUCAGCGAAGUCAUUUGCUUAUUAAAAGUAAAAAUUUGCACUGUUCAGUAUUGCAAAUCUGAUUCGGAUAUCAGAUAUUUUCUCACUAGCCUGUUGUGAACUGAAGCAAGCAGCGUGGAAUGGUUCAAAGUGUGGAAUUUGCACUCUCAGCCAUAGAACUGAUAUGUCAGAAAGUUUUCGUACGAAAUUGGGACUUUAAUAAUUUCAUGAUGUACAUUGAUUUCUGUUCUAUGUCAUGCAUUCACAGAGGUGAUGGAAACGUGUUGCAAUAAUACUUUUUCUGCUGCUAUUUCCCCAGCAAUUCUAUUCUGAGGUUUUUUACUCCAUCCCAAUUGUAGAACCUAUUUUUUUUUAAAAAGUGCACACUGUCCUUGGGCUGUGUGUUUCUCCUUGACUUGUUCAACACAGGAUCCAUCCUGAAACGUAUUUUCUAGCAGGAGGAGAGAUUUUCAUUUGAUUGCCCCGGUUUCCUAAUUUUUGCAACCAAUUAAAAUGGUAUUUGU